GGGCACUUCAGUUAAACUACAUAGAAACACGUUAUUUCCCCUACUGUGAGGCACCACUACACGUCUGUGCUGGUCCUGGCAGGAUGACAGUUCUCAGGGCUCUUUAACUGCGGGUCAGUGAGCGGCCCAUUCUGACAGAAAAUUGGAUUAGAACAACGAGCGCUGUUUAAGAAACCAGUUUUAAGACGGACUCCUCCUCCGUCACGCCACCUUUCCCACGAGACCGUCGGGUGUUUGACCUCUGCUCAUGUUGCUCUGUAUUUAUUCCUCGUGCCAACAAUAUCCCGUUCAGUAAUUCGACCAGGCGCUGCGGAAAUGUCAACAUCCAGCGCAUGCAGCUACAGCUAUGAGGAGUACAAAGAAACCGCAGACUGGCUGCUUGCUAACACAGAUACCAGGCCCAAAGUGGCAAUUAUCUGUGGUUCAGGACUUGGUGGAUUGGCUGACCUGCUGGACAAGAAGAAAGUGUUUCCUUAUGACAAAAUCCCCCACUUUCCCCACAGCACAGUGCAAGGGCAUAAAGGUCAGCUGGUGUUUGGAGAGCUGAAUGGGAAGCCAUGUGUUUGCAUGCAAGGCCGCUUCCACUUCUAUGAGGGCUAUAAUAUUGCCACGGUCACAUAUCCAGUAAGAGUGUUUUUCCUUCUCGGGAUUGAGACUCUGAUUGUGACCAAUGCUGCUGGAGGACUCAAUCCUAGAUUUAAUGUGGGAGACAUCAUGCUGAUCAAAGACCAUAUCAAUAUGCCUGGCUUUGCAGGCCAAAAUCCCCUGUGUGGACGCAAUGAGGAAAGAUUUGGAGUCCGCUUUCCCUGCAUGUCUGAUGCUUAUGAUAGAGACUUUGCACGGAUGGCCAGGGAGACGGCCCAAGAUCUAGGAUGUGACUCUUUCCUCCAGGAGGGUGUUUACUGCAUGUUGGCUGGACCGUCCUAUGAGACGAUUGCAGAAUGCAGGGUUCUACAGAUGCUUGGGGCAGAUGCUGUGGGUAUGAGUACCGUUCCAGAGGUGGUGGUCGCUCGUCACUGUGGGAUGCGUGUGUUUGGACUCUCCCUAAUUACCAACAAGGUAGUGACUGACUACAACAGCACAGAAAGGGCUAAUCAUGAAGAGGUCCUGGAAACCACCCGUAUGCGAACCGAAGACCUGCAGAAGUUAGUCAGCAAUUUAGUGCUAAAAAUGUAGUUAAAUGUAAUUUACCAAAUUUAGUACAAAAAUCUUGCAGCUGCUCUUGAUACACUUUCGCACAGAAUUGCACCCAGACUGCCUAAAAAUGUAGGAUGUAUAUGCUCCUUAAUGCUUCUCAUGUAUCUUAUUCAGGGUUAAAGUAACUUUAUGAACUUUCCAGUGCCUCAAGACUCUCUGAGUCAAAAUUUAGGCUAGGUUCAUUUUGUUUACUUUUGAUAUUAUCCAUAUUGCAGUGAAUACUGUGGUACUAACACAUCACUGUGAGACUAGGUAUUAAUAUGACACAUAUACUUUGUAAUGCAUUCACAUCCUUCCUGAAAUGAGUGUUAAGAACAACUGAAAUUAGAAGCAUUACAUAACUAUCAGUAUUCUUGUCUUUAUGACUUUAAAGAAGAGUUAAAGAACAAACGUACAUGAAAAGGGACAAACACAGACUUACACCUUAACUGUAGGAAAUUCAGUUGCAAAUACCAAAUGAGGACAGUUACAGUGCAAUUAGGUGCUAAAUAAUCAAUUAAUAUA